AUGGCCCAGAUUUUUGAUGAUGAUGGUACAGACGGAAUCCUGUUGGUUGACUGCAACAUCCAAAUUACUUUCCCUGAAAUGUCCAUAUCAUCAACACGUACAGAAGUUCCUCGAGAUUGUUCACCUGUGGAGGGGAAGAGAUCUUAUCCCAGGAAGGGACAACACAGGGUGACCCUCUAGCGCUAGGUGGUGUGCGAUCAACACAUCCAUCUUGAUUCAGGGCCUAAGAGUGCAUAUACCUGAAGUUAAGCAAGUACCGUAAAGUCCCGAUAGUAACGACCCCCCGAAAAUAACGUCAAUUUUUUGUGGCCACUAGUAAAUCCCGAAAGUAGCGACCCCCCCCCAAAAGUAGCCACCCCCCCAGAAAGUAGCGAGACCAAUUUUUUUAUAUUGUAUACCGUAUACCUUUAAUUUGUCAAUCAAUAGUCAAAAUUUUAAUGUACAAUAAUAUGUUCGUGCAGUGUCAGAAAAUGUUCACGAUAAGGUACUUUAAUUUACAACAAGGGGCAGCUUUAUGCCCCCAUUCGUCCUUGACAUCAGUUCACUGAUGUAGCGAUGUAAGAACUGCCGUAAACCGGCAUAAUUUCGUAUUAACAACAGGAACAUUUCUUCAAAUUGAAAUUGAAAACUCUAUAUAGUUUUCGUUGAUUAAGAUGAACGUGUUUCUUCCAAUUAAAUGACACUGAGAUACCGGUACGGGGUACAGACUAAAACGCAGCGGUGCGUCAUGCAGGACAAUCGAAGCAGUUUAGCUUUCCACCUCUGAGUCAGUGAAGAACUCGAUCUCCUCUAUAUCGGCUGAUUCACCCAUGUGGUAGUCCGGUAAACCAUCGAUACCAUUGGAAAAAAAGCUCGCGCCAGCUCUAUUUGUAAACGAUUUUUGUUCCCCGAAAGUAACGACCCCCCGAAAGUAGCGAGCCCCAAAGGCUGCUAAUUCCGAAAGUAACGAGGGUCGCUACUAUCGGAACUCUACGGUAUGGCUGGCUGAUGACUCGGCGGAAGGCGGCCCAACAGACCUGUUAUACAACUGGUACAAGCUUUUUUGUCAAGAAGGAAAGAAAUGUGGCUACCUAGUCAAUGGCUCAAAAAGAUAGCUGAUAGUAAAGCCCGGGUAGUAACUGACACAAGAUCUAACAAAUGA